CAAAGAGAGGCCCAGUGUUAAAACAUCCAGCAUUCCUGGCACUCGAAGGCCUUUGCUUUGUUCUUCUCCGUCGACCUCUGCAGUCACCGACUCUGUUGUCUAUCCAACUUUCUCUUCUCUUUCACUUUUUCCUGAGAGUGCUGCUCCCACAUCGUCCCCCACCCGCAGCUAGCCCACCAUCCACCUCGGUCCCUGGCAUCAGCCAUCUCAAAAGUCACUGCAGUCCUCCGUACUCGCUCGCUAGGUAUCGAUAAACCUGUUCACCCCUCCCACCACUUAUCAACCUUCGAGUCCAGCAAGCCAUUCGUCGCCGUCACUAUUACCCUCGUCACGACUCGCUGCCAGCUCAGCAAAGUCCUGCCCGUCAUGCAAUAGAACCAGCCCAACCACCCCCCCCGUCCACCUUUCGGGUUGUCGGUGAAGCGUUUUCGCUUCGGUUAUCCCUCGAAUAGAGAAGAGCGGGUCUUGAACCGAAAACCACUGGCCUGCGCCGUCUCGCCCGUUUGGCCCUCUGCCCCCCCCAUCACGCGACCAAGUGCAGUUUAUCCCCAAACCCACCGCUUGCGGCGUCCCAGAGCCUUGCAACCUGCGCUCCCGGGCUUCUAAGCACACCACGCACCCAAGCAUGCUUCAACAUUCGCCCUCUGCCAUCCGGGCCAUCCGCAAUGACACAAGUUCCUCGUUCACCGACGAAUCAUCAGCCAAUUCCGAGCGUGUCCCUUUCUUGACGCAGGAACAGACCUUUAUAAGGUGCCCGGAUCUCGAAGAUGGAUCUCUCAGAGAUCCCGCCACCGCCGCUGCCGCCGUCAGCCCCGAUACCCUGAAAGGGUCCACAAUCACUUGCCUCGAAACCUCGUCCUCUUUUGAUCACCGCAGCUCCAGUUCCUCUUCUAGAUGGCGCUGGACAGAGAGCCUGCCGGUGUUGAACCAAUUGUUGGGUGGGCGCCGUACGGUGGUGCAUAAAGGGCACGUUGUCGAAAGAGGCUCAUUACACAAAUCCAUCCCGACCACACCGCUGAGGAGAGUGUUACGCCUCCUGGCCCUGACGCUGAUGUUAUUAGGAAUUCUCGAAUUUAUUGCACUGGCAUGCGGCCUCGUCCUGUCCUUCUUUCCCGAUGACGCAGACGACGAAUUCGACGGAUGGAACCCCUCCCACAGCACCUCUCGCGAGCUGGGACACUGGCCUACCGAUUUUUCCGCCGACAUCCAUCCCGUGGCCUGCCACUCGCACAAUGAUUACUGGCGAAAAGAACCCUUGUUUUCAGCACUCGAGGCCGGCUGCACAGGAGUGGAGGCGGACGUGUGGCUCUAUGAUCAAGAUUUAUACGUGGGACAUUCCACAGCGUCUCUGACACCCGAGCGAACCCUCCGCAGCUUGUACAUCAAUCCAUUGGUGAAAAUCCUAGAUCAGCAAAAUCCUCAUACAUCUUUCCAUCCCACGCUGGACAACCCUCGAAACGGCGUCUUCGACACGAGACCCUCUCAGUCCCUUGUCCUCCUGAUAGAUUUCAAGAAUGAGGGCCACAGGAUUUGGCCACAUGUCUCUGCACAGCUCCAACCCCUCCGAGAGCGAAGAUUCCUCAGUUACUUCAACGGCUCUGGCUUUGUCGAAGGGCCCGUCACCGUGGUUGUCACGGGAAAUGCCCCGUGGGAUGAGGUGGUGGCCAACGAGACAUAUCGCGAUAUGUUCUUUGAUGCACCCCUGGACUUGAUGGGCAAGCUUACUGACAACAGUGACGCUUCCGAGGCUCCCAUGGACAUACAAGGCGGUGAGCUAGACAAGCGGUGGGGUCAAAAUCAAGGCCAAGGCCGCUCCGGUGCCGCGCCUACAGACCCUGCAGUCUACUCGCAAGCCAACUCGUACUAUGCCUCUGUGUCCUUCAACUCGGCCAUCGGCUGGCCUUGGCGUGGCACACUCUCUCGCCGUCAGCUCGAAAUGAUGCGCAAGCAGAUUGCGGGUGCUCACGCACGUGGACUCAAAGUCAGGUACUGGAGCGUGCCCAGCUGGCCCAGAGGAAUGAGAAAUUAUCUCUGGCGGACAAUGGUCAAAGAAGGCGUGGAUUAUUUGAACGUGGACGAUUUGAAAUCGGCCACCUCGGGCGAGUGGAACUGGGACAAGAAAGGUCCUUGGUUCAGCGGGCCGUGGAAGUUCUGGCCAUCCAAGGCCGUCGCAUGAGCCGAAAACGUAUGGGACACGAAGACAACGCCAUGACUGGAAGAUUGAAGACGAAUGUUACUAGAUACGACCAUAUGAGACUCCACACGCCCAAGACAAUGGCGAUGGAAAUGAGAGCUUUGGUCGAGAUUGACCCCGUGAAAUAGAGGUCCAAAACUACGCGCAGGGUUUCACGGAAUUACAACAGCCAUUGGAUGAUGGCCGAGCCAGGCGUUCAUCGGAAAAGGGAUGGAGUUUUGCAUGUCGUUACUGCCAGGGACACGGGCAGCAUUAUGAUACCCAAGUUUAGAGCAUACAUCGGUCACAGGAUGAGUCGCAAUACAACGAUACUGGGCUUCAAGGUGUGAGUGGUUGUGCCAUGAUCUCAUUUCCCUUCUCAUCAGUGCCUUCCUUCACCUCCUCCAGCCACGUCAACAGCAUCCAAUGUCGUUCUUGAUCAGAAGGGUCGCCAUUACCCUGCGUGAGCUUGUUCUCUUGGGCUCCCGUCAAUCUAAAAACGCCUCGC